UCACAGGACUACAAGGACAUCAUGAGUAAGACGAAGUUUAAAAAGUUUGCACCACCUUUGGAAAUAUCAGAGCACGAGUGAGUAACGGAGUGUAUGCUGUCAUUGAUGGUUACUGUAGAAACUGGUAUUAAAGAAUGACGGUUGCCCAAGAAACUGGUAUUAAGGAAUACCAAUAGAACUCUUAUUUUAAAAAAUGACUUUACUUUAAAUGUUCAUAAUAAAGUCCAGUUUAAAAUAAAAUAUAACAGGGAAAUAAUUUGGAUGGUCGGGCUAUGAGCAGUUCAUAGGAAAUUUUUAUAAUUUUUUCCAGGUACAUUGAAUAAUGAAAUUGUUCUUGUAGAUUGCAGAGGUCAUAGUCAACCAUAUGCUUUACAAGAUUUGAAUCUUUUACUAGUAGCUUUACAUAUUAUUUAAAAAAAUAUUUACUUACCCAAAUUUUUUAAAUUCUACUUGAAGUGAAAUAAAAUUUUAAUAUCAUGUUUUAUAAAUUUUGCUUUCAACUACAAUUUUCUUAUUCUCACGCUUCCGUCAUUGUUUACCACAUAACAUAAAAUAAAGAUACUGGAAGUAGAUGGGGCCACCAUUCAAUGGUAGAGUAGCCAAACAACUAACACAGUAGGGUUAUUUCAAAGGAGAUUAAUGAUGAAAGAAGUGUAAAAAAAGAAUUGUUUAGUAAUGUGAAUGUGACAAGUUUGGUUUUGUUUAUUUCAGCAUCAUCUUUUGGAUUGGUGACCUUAACUAUCGCAUUGACUUAAACAUUGAGGAAGUCAAAAAGUGCAUCAGAAAGUCAGAGUAUAAAAGUUUGAUCAAACAGGACCAGGUAAAUUAUACCAUGACGUCAGUUUUUUUUUUAAAAUCCUUUUAAGAUAUUUUUUUUUACUGUGUGGCAUAAAUGGUAUUGAAAUAAAAUCAAGAUUAGAAGAAUAUUUAAAUGAAUGGCUCUCAUUUAUAUCGGUUGAAAUAUUUCAUUUUGAGAAAUAUUAAAAAUCUUUUUCCAACCCCCCAAAAAUUGCUGCCAAAUUUUGUAUUAUGAAAAGCUAAUUCCUGGUACCUUUAUUUCUUUGGCUCCAGCUGUAUCGUCAGUUGAAAGCAAACUCUGAGGUUUUUAAAGGGUUUGAGGAAGGUCUGCCGAACUUUGACCCCACUUACAAGUUUGAUGCAGGGACAGACAACUAUGACACAAGGUAAACCUUGCUUUGUCAGUUUUAUCAAGCUCAAGGGAGUCAACCAUUAUUAGCUGUCCAUCAACCUUUGAAAUACAGAGUAGUCUUGUAAAUGGAAAAUCCAUCUCUUGGGCAUAUGGACUCUGGAUGUUUGUGCCACUCACACUAUAACAAUGUAUAUAUAACCUCACUUGAAUCUGACUUGAUUAUUUGACACUUUAUCUAUGACUAAUGGGGAUAAUGACAACUUAACAGUGACUAAUGUGUAUAAUGACAAACGAAACCAUCAGUUUUAGCCCACAGUAUGUGAUCAGAGUUGAGUUAAAUUCUGCUAUAGUUGACAUCUGAUCAUAUUUCACAGUGUUUAUCCGUGUAUUUAAAGCUUGAAAUUGCUCACGUUUAUUCAAGGACUGAGACUCGGCACCAUCCAUUUCAUUAAUGUAAUUUGUAGAUAAUGUCAUAAAUAUUGAGAGUCACUGGCAUGUUUCAUGACCUUUAUGCAAAAAAUAAAUUUUCUGUUUGAUGUCCUCAUUAUAAAUUAACUUAGCUAAUGAAAUGGGCUAAAUUGUGUUAUAUUGUUAAGCUUAAGUAACAGAGCUAAUGAAAUGAGCUAAAUUAUGUUAUAUUGCUUAACUUGAGUAACAGAGCUAAUUAAAUGGGCUAAAUUGUAUUAUUUUGUGUAGCUAAAGUAAGGUUUCCUUUGUGUAUUAUACUACAUGUAAUCUGGUAAAUAUGUUUUGAUGUGUCUAUUUAUACUAUGUGUAUUGUGCCAUGUGUAUUUUGAUGUGUCUGAUACACAAUGUGUAUUCAUGAUUUAUUUCAUAAUACAUAUUUAAUGGAUAACUUAAAAGGCUACUCUCCCUUUAUUUGAACAGAGUGCCGUGUCCAUCUGGUGAAACUUUGGACAAACCCAAAAGAGUCACCUGUGUUUGUCUGUGUAAAAGGCAUUUGUUUUCAGUUGUGGUUUAAUUGUAUCUUGGUUUUCUCUCCUUGAUGUUUCUAGAGUGACUCCUUGGCAUAAGUUAUGAUUAUGAACAUUUGUAUUUGAACAUUUGUCAAACUGUUCCUGUGCCUUUUUAUCCUAUUCACUUUGCAUAUUUCUAGUUGUCACAUUUUAGGCAUAUGCCCUACUCCUCUUCAAUGAACUUAAUAAAAAAAAUAUGGAUCAUGUUAAUAAUGUGAAUUAGUUUUUGUAUGGUGGAAUUUUUUUAACGGAAUUUUUCAACUAUUUAAAAAAAAAAGUCACAAUUUUAUGAUGUGAGCUCUGCUUUGAAAUAAAAUUUAUUUUAUGUGUAUAACUAAGGGGGGUGUCUUGUGAAAAUCUAAAUUUUGUUUAAACAAUUAAAUAAGCUUAUUUUAGAAAAAUAAAAUUAAAAUUAACAGUGUCUUCUUAUCAACCAUUUUUAUUUUAAAAAAUUUUUUUUAAAUUCCUGAAUUGAUUUUUUUCACUGAACAUAGAAAGUAAUUUAGAAAACUUUUUUUAUAUUGUAUUACUUUUGUUCUAGUGAGAAAAGCCGAGUCCCUGCCUGGUGUGAUCGUAUUUUGUGGCGAGGUCCUGGAGUCAAGCAGCUCCGAUACGAUUCACAUCCACAACUGAAAGUGUCUGACCACAAGCCUGUCAGCUCACUGUUUGAAAUAGGGGUCAGUGCUCAAAAUGACACACAUUCCAUCUUGUUGUGCACACGCUAUUUGAUAGAUGUAGUAGGGGAUAGCGAAAUGGACACUUCUCUUAUAUUUUUGCCUGCUAUUAAUUCAAUUUUUAUUUAAAUAAAUUAAAAUUUUCCUUGGAUGUAGUUAAAUAUAUGUGAUUAAUAUGGUAUGAGUUAAAUUAAGCUAUAUGAUUCCAAUUUUUAGAUAUAGCAGGGGUUGGCUGUCACAUAGUUUUGGGUAGGUUGUCACAUAGUGUUGGGUAGGUUGUCACAUAGUGUUGAGUAGGUUGUCACAUAGUGUUGAGUAGGUUGUCACAUAGUGCUGGGUAGGUUGUCACAUAGUGCUGGGUAGGUUGUCACAUAGUGUUGAGUAGGUUAUCACACAGUUUUGGGUAGGUUGUCACAUAGUGUUGGGUAGGUUAUCACAUAGUGUUGGGUAGGUUGUCACAUAGUGUUGGGUAGGUUGUCACAUAGUCUUCUUCUUCUUCUAUAUCUUAAGGGCCCAAGAUCAAUUUAUUGAUCAUUUUGGCUCCUAUGCAUGUAGAUGGGAUUUGCAAUGUUUCUGUUACUGGUGGUGAUGAGGAAAUUAUUCACUAGGGGUUUGAAGGCUUGAGGCAAUAGACACAAAUGUGUCUAGUGUUGUCGCCUCAACUGUUCCUUUUGAAAGAUGGUUCCAGUCCCUGAUUGUCUUGGGCAGGAAUGAGCUGCUCCUAUACUGGCUUCUUGCUGGUAUGAGCCUGAAUUGCCUGUCAUGGCCUCGUCGCUGUCUAUGGGGGAGAGGGACGAGUUUCUGUUUAAUACUGGAACAGUCUUUGGUAGGUUGUCACAUAGUGGUGGGUAGGUUGUCACAUAGUGUUGGGUAGGUUGUCACAUCAUGUUUUAUUUAUUUACCGCUUGUUUAUAAAUGUGUAUUUAAACAAAAUAAAGUAAUUGGUAAUCUGCAUUGCUUAGAUCUGAAAUAUGUUAUGUAAACUGUAAUUUCUUGACUAAUUUUAGACUAAAGAAAUAAAGAUAACAAAUUAUUUAUUAAUAUUAUUUUAUUUUAUUAAAUUAAGUAUUCUAAAAGUGUGUAAAUAGCAUUGAGCUAUUCCACUAAGAAGAAUUUCAAAUCUUACAUUUAAAAAAAGUUAAGGCAUUUUAAACUUUUAGACUACUAGACUACAGCAUUCGAAUUUAGUCAAUAUUAAUAUUAUAAUGUCCACUAAAAGUUAUUGUUACCAUUGUGCUAUAGUGACCACCGAGAGUCAUUGCCAUCAAGUCUCAGAGUUAUUGUAAUCAUGUUGUGUUACUAUCAAUAGGUCCGUGUUAUGUUAUGAUCAAUAGGUCCAGGUUAUGUUACUAUCUAUAGGUCCGUGUUAUGCUACUAUCAAUAGGUCCGUGUUAUGUUACUAUCUAUAGGUCCGUGUUAUGUUAUGAUCAAUAGGUCCAGGUUAUGUUACUAUCUAUCGGUCCGUGUUAUGUUACUAUCAAUAGGUCCGUGUUAUGUUACUAUCUAUAGGUCCGUGUUAUGUUACUAUCAAUAGGUCCGUGUUAUUGAUGAGAAGCGAUACAAGAGAGUGUAUGAAGACAUCAUGAAAAAAUUGGAUCGUCUUGAAAAUGACUAUUUACCACAAAUCAAGAUAGAUAAUACUGAUGUAAGUACAAGAUAGAUUAUAAUGAUUUGAGCUCACUAAACUAACCACUAGCGAAACCUACAUUCAGUUUUCUUUAUUUUUAAGGAACUGUAGAAACAAUUUAAUAUUUUUAAGAUUUUGAUAUAGUUUAAAAUACAACUGGUAAAAUGUUUGAAAUUGAAGACUUAGUUAAAGUCGAACAAGUUAUCACAAGUGUACUGUAUAAGUCGGAAUAUUCCGUCAUUAAAAGUUGAAGUGAAAAACUUCAAAAAUUUUAAUAUUUUCCACAUGCAGCUCAUUUUCAAGGAUGUGAAGUUCAUAGAACCACAGAUAAAGGUUGUGACUGUAGCAAACAUAGGUCAGGUGAGUCUGAGGUUAUUUCAAUUACCUCUACAUAGGCCAGGUGAGUCUGAGGUUAUUUCAAUUACCUCUACAUAGGCCAGGUGAGUCUGAGGUUAUUUCAAUUACCUCUACAUAGGCCAGGUGAGUCUGAGGUUAUUUCAAUUACCUCUACAUAGGUCAGGUGAGUCUGAGGUUAUUUCAAUUAUCUCUACAUAGGUCAGGUGAGUCUGAGGUUAUUUCAAUUACCUCUACAUAGGCCAGGUGAGUCUGAGGUUAUUUCAAUUACCUCUACAUAGGCCAGGUGUGUCUGAGGUUAUUUCAAUUACCUCUACAUAGGCCAGGUGAGUCUGAGGUUAUUUCAAUAACUUUAGCUCUUAGUUGGUUUUGGUCCUUUAUUUACAUAUUUUGUGUUUUUUUAAUAAUGCAUAAAGCCAUGGAAAGCUAACAGGUUUUGUCUCAGUAAAUUUUGAACUGUUAACAAUAACCUCACUUUUUUAAUUGGCAAUUUAUUAGGAUUGCCCUCUAUAUUAUUCCUAUUAUAACAAUUAUUUGGAUUAAAUUUUCAUGUUAUUCUUCAGAUUCCAGUUGAGUUUGAAUUUAUCAAUAAGCUGGAUGACCCAACUUACUGCAAACCUUGGUUAAAAGUCACUCCAUGCAAGUCUGUCAUCUUAUCUGGUAAGAACUCUGUCCCUCACAAAGUCUGUCAUUUUAUCUGGUAAGAACUCUGUCUCUCACAAGUCUGUCAUCUUAUCUGGUAGGAACUCUUGUCUCUCACAAACUUGUGAGUGAACGCAAACCUAAUUGUUGACAUCCAAUGGUAUAAAUGUGAACCAUACAAUGUACAGAUCUCACACCAGUAGCAGAUCCCUCACACUUUUCUUUAGCUCUGCAGGAUUCUUAGUCUUGGACUUGGGAGAUUUUGUUCCACAAUGACUUCACUAAUUUUUAAUAUAACACCCCAUUCUAGGCAUGCAACUUGGCAAUAUAUCUGUCUAUAUUACGCUCUCUGAAUUUUUGACAUCCAACACCAUGUACAUGACCCACACAUUGUGCUCAUUCCACACCAUAAACAUGACCCACACAUUUUACAUGUACCACACCCUGUACAGGAAUUCCAAUGCCAUGUAUAUGACCCACACAUUGUAUUUAUCAAACAUAUUGUUCAAUAUAAUGCAAAGCUAUUCUUUGUAUUGAUUACAACAUCUGUUCAAUAAUUAAUUUAUUAACACUGACACAUAGUUUCUUUACAAUAUUCACUUGCACUCUUUGCGGUGAUUCAAUGAUCGUUAUUUGUUGACCGGCAGGUAUUUGUUGUGAAAUUCAGAUAGAGGUUUAUGUCGAUAAGAUGACCGCGGCCAAGCUCAACUCUGGUGAAGAGAAACUUGAGGACAUUUUAGUUCUGCACUUGUCUGGUGGGAAGGAUUCCUUUGUAUCCUUGAUCUAAGUUUCAUGUUGAGUGGUCACCAGCCUCCCAGCACCAAGUGGGGGAUGCCAAGAGUUAAUUAAUGAAAAUUAAUUUAUUUAACAGUUAAACCACUCUUUACAUUCAGAACAAACAUUCUUAAAGACCCCUCUUUCCCCUUUAGAUUGUACUUAUAAAUGUAUGGUCUUAAAGCACCAUCAACAGCUCUUUACAUUCAGAACAAACAUACUUAAAAUGUAUUUUAAAAUGUUUCAAUAAAAAACUUCAUGACAUCAGCUCUGGUUUCACUAUAGUUUGGAAUGGAUUGUCUUGCAUUAAGUUAAGAAACAUUUGGUUGCAUUCAAUGAUUAUCAUGUCCAUUCAUAAUUCAAUGCACUGAGAUAUUUGUAGAUGUAAAGUAAUAUCUUCAAAAUAAAAUUGUUGUCAGAGCCAUCAAGUCAAAAAAUAAAUUGUUGUGUUUGGGACAUGGAAAAUGUUUGAUUCUUAACCCUGACAAGAUAACCGUGGGAGGGAAUUAUCUAAUCAGCACAUUUGGAUCCUCUAUAGAAGCACUUGUCCAGUUGCAUGGUCCCAUCCGGGAAGUGCCAGUAGCAGAGUUAAUACAGAUAGUAAGUACACACAUUGGGGUACAGAGUCUUGUCAACUUUAUGCAGCAGUAAUGUAAACAAGUUUUGAAACAGCUGUUCUUCCAACAUAAAAAAUAUAUUUAAUGUCUUGUGGCUUGUGAGCUUUGAAGUCAGAAUAGUUUUAGUGGAUUUGUGAUUGUGUUGUAUGAGAAAAUGUAUUUUUUUUAAAUAUUAUUCUAUUCUCAGACUUAGAAGAAAAAAAAUUUGUAUGUGGAUAAAUAUAUUCAAAAUUUUUGGAUCCAUGCCACUUGAAAUGUGUUAACUGAAUUUAUGUUAUAGUAAGGCGGGUUAUAGCGUGGUUCCACUGUAUUUUGUUGACUCAGUUGAAAUAUCUAAUGUUAUGACAUUCUUCAAUCUUUUUCUGUAAAUGAACUUUACAGCACCGUCUGUUGGCUGCAUCGUUGCUGCUAAGGGUGUACAUUUUAAAAAAAUAUUUUGUUUGCAAGAUAGCAAUUCUUACAUCCAUUUAAUUUGUAUUUCCUACCAAUAUAAUUGAUAUCCUGUGCCCUACAGUCAAAACUAUACUUCCAAGCUUUAAAAACAACUUAACAGAUCCUCCAUGGUCUAGACCCGGGCAAUUGUUUCUAAUAAAACCAAUAAAGUUGAUCACGUUUUUGACGGCACUAAAUGUCAUUGACAGGAACAACCUGGCAGUUUGAGUCUAGUUGAUAUAACACAAGAUGGCGGCAGGCUGUACAUGGUGCCAAAGGAAAUAUGGAAAAUGGUGGAUUUUCUGCACAAGCAUGGCUUGGACAAGGUCUGUGCUUUAACAAAAAAAUAACUUCAUAAAAAUUAGCCAGUAUUUAUACAUUUAAAAGGUUUUUUAAUUAUAUUUAAAUGAUAUUUUGCACUCCAUGCCCCCCCCCCCCCAAUUGCCUUUAUGACGCUGUCACAGUUUUAAGUUUUGGUUUGCUCGAGAGAUUUUAAAGUAAAGUUUUAUUUAAAUAAUAUAUUCUUUUUUUUUUCUCCAAGACUUUUAAGUGCAUCUCUAUGUUGGUCUGCUCUUUUAAGGCCAACUGCACCCGCAAUCAAAUGUUUAAUGCUAUCCAGUUUCAAUAUGUCUCUGUUUGCUAAUGUUUGAACCGUGUGUCUGAUGUCAUCACUCUGUUUGCUAAUGUUUGAAUGUGCAUCUGAUGUCAUCACUCUGUUUGCUAAUGUUUGAAUGGGUGUCUGAUGUCGUCACUCUGUCUGUUUUACAGGAGGAGCUUUUCCAACAGCCGGGAAGAAACUCUGAGAUUCAAAUCAUCAGAGACUGUCUGGAUACAGGGAAACCAGAGAACAUUUGUAUCCUUCUCAGAAAAAUACAAUAUUGAUUUUCAAUCUGACUUGGUCAAAAUAAUACUGGUGUACUCUAACUAGAUCAGUGUAGCAUUGGUGUACUCUAACUCGAUCAGUGUAAAAUUGGUGUACUCUAUCUAGAUUAGUAUAAUGCUUGUUUAAUCUAACAAAGUAUAAUAUAAAACUUGUCUAUUCUAGCAUACUUCUAGAUGUUUGAAAUAUUUGAAUGAUUGAUCAAAGGAUAAACAGUAAGAGGUGUGGAAGAAACACACACUGUAACCCAUCUGGGGCGUUUCAUUUGUUAAACCAUUUUGUUAAAAAAAGUUUGGAUAUUCAGGGGUUUUUUGGUCAAAGGUUAACGCUUGUAAAGGCCAAUUUUAAUUAUUAAGCUCAAUCAAAUAUGUGAGAAAUCUCUUUAACACCGGACCAGCUGACAGCUUGAGUGUCCACUCAGUGGCAGAGUCCUUGUUGCUGUUUCUCGAAUGCCUCGCUCAACCUGUUAUUCCAUUUGAGUUUUACUCCAGGUGUCUUUCAACGUCCAACAACCUCCUGCUCAGUAAACAGGUAACAAUUACUUUUUUUGUUCAAGUACAUCAGCAGUUUAGUCAAUCAUAAGGCAUUUUAUUUCCCUGUGUCAGAUCAGAUUUUUUUAAAAAUUGUCCGCACAUCACCUUCAUCCUAGUGACUCCCUCCCUGUUCUUAAAUUUAAUAACACCUGAUGACUAACUCAAAAUAAUUUCCCCACUCAGUACUUACAGUGUGUGACUUGGUUAAUUAUGAGUGGUUAAUUGUAACAUUCCAAUAUUUUUUUAGAAAUGUUUAUGUUACAAAUGAUCUGUUUCUUUCCAUUGAAACUUUGACCUAGUUUUCUGUAACUUUGACCUGCAGCUCGUGUCUGGUCUCCCAGACUGCCAUAAAAAUACGUUCCUCUACAUCUGUGCAUUCCUACGUGAGCUGCUUUUAUAUGCAGACAAGAAUGGUCUGGAAAUCAAGUUUUUGGGUAUGAUUCUGUCUAGGGGUGUGCCGGAUCCGUUUUUUCCAACCGGAUCCGGAUCCGGAUUUUCUUAUGCGAAAUCCGCCGGAUCCGGAUUCCGGUUUCUCCCGGAUUCCGGAUUUUGGUACUAUUGGUAGAUACUUCGGUAAGUCAAGGUGGACUACUACUUUUUGUGUAUGGGAAUUCGCAAUCGGCGCCAAAAAAUCCGAGUUUUUAAUUUUCCGAUGUGUGUGUCUAUUUAUUAUUAAAUUAGUACUUUCGAUAUAUAUUUGAGUUCCGUUCCAUUUGGAUAAGUGUCUUACGAGAGACGCCAUGUUUCUACGCGUUCGCAGCAGGUCAUGCAGCUCGCUCAACCUAAUUUCGCCAUGGGGUUGGCCACGCCCCCCUUUUUAAUGGCGGAAGUUGACGAUACUUAGGAAAUAUUAAUUUAUUAUCACUAUUUACAUCAAAAUAAUUGAUAACUUGUGUUUCAGAAUGCAUUUAAAGACAUUUAAACUGGAAUGUUUUAAUUUGAGCUUUAACAACCCGGUAGAAUCCAUAUUAUAAAUGAUCAGAAUUUACCGUGUGCAACACGUUGUCAUUGGCAACCAUUCACAGCCACUUGCAUAACUGUAUCGUAGUACUACCUCAGAGUUUCAUUCAUAAGAGUUUGCCGUGUGCAAAAACUAUUAAACCAUUGGUCAGGGAAAGCUUUAAUUAAUUAUUCAUGUGCCAAAGUUGAAAGUUUAAACUAAGUCUAAACAGUAUUUUAGUGAUAAGGCAGGGAAUGCGUUGCCUUAUAUAAACUAUAUAGUCAUUGCGCAUGACGGGAUUGGUGGAAUGAGAUCACAGAAUGUGGAGAUGCAGUCCAUGUUAAAAAAUGACAAACCAAGUCGUACUUUAAAAAUUCAUAACUUUAAAACUACAACAGCUAAAAAUAUGAUUUUGGUGUUAUAAUUCUUUAAAAAAUUACAUCUUUUCAACUAUGCCAUUGGUUUAUUUUUACAAAAAGUUUAAAUUUUCUUAUCAAAGUCCCUACACUAUUGGCCACUAUUAGCGGUGCUGACUCUAGCCUCUGGUAUGUACGGAAUAUUAAACAUUAAACAAGCUCAACGCUCGAAACAAUCGAUUAAUGUAUCGUGAUCGUGUGAAAUUCGGGAAAGAGAAUUACUUUUAUUUCAGAUUAUGAUCCGGUGAGUCACAAAAUCUGGCAAAUUCCGAAAUCCGGUAUAUUCCGGAAUCCGGUUGUUCCGGAUACAUGUAAAUCCGGCGGAACCGGAUUUCACCGGAUAGUGCAAAAUCCGGCGGAACCGGAUUCCGGACCGGGGUCCGGCACACCCCUAAUUCUGUCUGGCGGUAUUGCUGGAUGGUCACUAUUAUUAGCUUGCAAAACUCAAUAGAAAAAAAAAAGUAUUUAGUUUUAAUUUUAUUUGUAAGGCAAGGUUUUUCACGAGAUACGCCUAGACUGCUUGUAUUGAGUUGUACCAAAUGAGUUGUACAGUUUUUAAAUGUAAGAAUAUCUAAUUGAAAAGACUGAUUUGUGUUUACUUUAUGUUGCAGGGUGUAAAUUCGCUUCUUCUCCUUCAUAUUUUCACUUUUAUUGUGCCAGUAGUUAGUAGCUCAUUGCUUCACUUUAAAUGUAUAUUACACGUUUGUAUGUAAUUGUAACCAAACAAUGAAUGUAACCAAAUUCUUAUUACUACGUUUCAGCUACCAUGUUUGGUGAAUGCAUGCUGAGGCCUCAGAAACAAUUAUUCACAUCUGCAUCCUCAAGGGAAGCCGUUGUGAAAGAACGGAGAUCAAAGCUUCGCGAAGAGGAGGCGAAAAAAGCAGCUUUCAUGUAUCAUUUCCUGAGCCAUGACAUUGAGCUUUUAUAAACGAAAAAAGAAAUACCUGAUGAAGUGUUGAUGAUGUGCCAUGAGGACUAGCCAGUGUUUUAUAGAUCUUAAUGUCCCAUUAGUUUCUGUAGAAUGACUGGCUCCUGCAUUGUUGUUCAAUCAAGUGAAUUAAUGCCUAGAUUUGUGUUGUAGAGCCUUAUUUAUUUACAUGGCUGCAAAAAAACUAGUUACGGUUGUUGACUUCUGUUGCAGCAUAAAUAAACCACAUAUUAUUUCAGUCUGCUUUCAUAUGAGCCAUAUUGGCUAAAGUAGAAUUUCUUUACCUUCUUUGGCUUACAAUUUUUUUUUACAAGUUUAAUAUCAGGUUUUUCUUGCAAGCUUGUAAACAUUUUUUUACAGCACAAUUUUUCUAAGUUGUUAAUAAAUACCUGAAUCUUUAUUGUUGUAGACUACAAUUAACUGCAAAUAUUGGUCUCCAGAAAUGGCCAGUUUUCCCUCUGUGUGAGUUCACCCUUUGUUAUAUCUGUUAUAUAUUCAUUGUAUGUUCAUAAAUGCCACCUUAAUUUGAUUAAUGAUGAUAAUAAUUAAUUUUGUAAAAAAUAUUGUUGCUUUGUUGUGAUAAAAUUUGACUAUUGGCAUAUGUGAAACUUAGUGUGUAAAUUACCAUGAGCUGUAACAAAACGAUGAACAAAAUGGUCACCUGAGGAGAAGACACUUUGAGGGAAUAUUUUUUUUAUUUCAAUUAUUGUUUUUUUUAUGAUAUAUGAAUGUAGACUUAUGCCAUAUCUGUGUGCUUAAAUGCCAUGAAUUGUCUAACGGUUAUUGAUUUAUGGUUUUGUUAGACCACAGUGUAGUGGUGAGAUACUACUGUUGGGAGCAUGUAGGCAGUCAAAUUUCAUUUCCAGAGUGUUAAAUCCUAGAACCUUGUCUUUGGCGUAACUGUCAGUAUUAGGGCCCCUUGAGCUGUCAUUACCUUUUCAAAGAGUGAAAAAUUUGAAACUUUAUUUAUAUUACAUCUAUGAAUUAUUUUUAUAAAUUAAUUUCUUGCAAAUAUUACUGCAUUCAUGAAAAAGCUCUGUUUCCCAGCCCCCAAAUAUUCACCACUUUACAAUAACAAGGGCGGGUUACUGUACCUGCCACAGAGGAUCAUUUUGGCUUCGUUGGUAAUCCUUUCAAGUACCUGCUGAUGCAAGUAUUAUUUUGAAGUCGCGGCUGGGACUUUGGUGCUAGAGGGUAACGCAGCAGCUCUCUAAACUGUGGAGCUCCAGCUGUCAUUCCAGCCAUCAAAGAGGCAUUCCUGCUCUGAAUUCACCUACCAUUCGUUUCAAUCACCCCCUCCCCCACCCCCGUGGUGUUGUUUUACAUAGCCACAUGGAGGGCUUUUUGUUUAUUUCUAUGCAGUUAUUUAUACCAGCACACCUUGGAAUCAAGUUAUUCUAUUGAUUUAUGUGGGGG